CAAGUGGGUUAAUUACAGCACAUCUUUUUUUUUCACGUUAGGUUUAAAAUCCAGCCAUGCCGACAGUCCAUUCUUGUCUGCAUUGCUUAUUCCCUGCACACCAAACAGAAGGCCUUGGCAAAACUUGACCCUGGAAGGAAUAGUCCAACUCCUCCAGAGGAAAACAGCUACUUGACCAGAAUAUUCUUUAGCAACAAAAUAAGGAGCUCGAUCUUACCACACAAAACUGUUUAGAGCAAAAUGAAAUAACUUGUGAAUACAGCAAAUUAUCAUUUCCACAGGCUGUGGACACGGCUGACCAAAUUGCUAGAGUUGUGUGUCUGUGGGUCUUUUUUUCUUCAGUUUUAGUUUUGCUUUGUUUGGCAAGAAUGAAAGAGGAAGGCCUCCUAACCACCCCACAGGAUGAUUCCGGCAAGACUCGAGGUUCCUGAGGCUUACGACUGACUUCAGCCAGCAAUAUAAAAGGCUUCAGAGUCCCUCAGCGGGCAGCCUCUGCAGCCCGGCUGGUCUCUCGUGGUGCACAGCUCCAAGAUGAAGUCCCCCUGGAAUAUCCUUUUGGUGACUCCUCUGUUCUUACUCCUGCCGCUUCGCACCUCGGCCUCUCCAGCCUCUGAUGACUCCCCAAACACCAGAAACCCCAAUGGCCACACCUGUCUAGCCUGUGUGGCGGUGGUAUCCGUGAUUGAACAGCUUGCUCAAGUUCACAACUCCACGGUGGAGACCUCAAUGGAGAGACUGUGCAGCUACCUUCCUGAAAAGCUGUUCUUGAAGACAACCUGCUAUUUAGUGAUAGAAAUGUUUGGACCAGACAUCAUAAAACUGCUUAGCACAGAUAUGAAUGCUGAUGUGGUGUGUCACACCCUGAAGUUUUGUAAGCAGGACCCUGGCCAACCAUUGUGUCAUCUCUACCCACUUCCCAAGGAGCCGUGGAAAUUUACACUAGAGAAGGCGAGACAGAUUGUCAAGAAGUCCCCAGCUCUGAAAUAUUCCAGAAGCAGUGCUGAUAUUUGUUCCCUCCCGUUUUUGGCCAAGAUCUGUCAGAAGAUUAAAUUAGCUAUAAAAAAUUCUGUGCCAUUCAAAGAUGUAGAUUCAGACAAAUACAGUGUUUUUCCAACGCUGAGGGGCUAUCACUGGCGAGGGAGGGAUUGCAAUGACAGCAACAAGAUGGCAUACCCGGGCAGAAGGCCAGAUAACUGGGAUGUACGUGAGGAUUCAAACUGUAAUGGCAUUUGGGGUGUUGAUCCAAAAGAUGGAAUUCCAUAUGAGAAGAAGUUCUGUGAAGGUUCACAGCCCAGGGGAAUCAUUUUGCUAGGAGACUCAGCAGGGGCUCAUUUCCACAUCUCUCCCGAAUGGAUCACAGCUUCACAGAUGUCUUUGAAAUCCUUCAUCAAUUUACCAACAGCUCUUACCAAUGAGCUCAACUGGCCCCAAAUCUCUGGUGCUACUGGGUUUCUGGACUCCAUUAGUGGAAUUAAAGAAAAUUCUAUUUACCUUCGCUUACGGAAAAGAAACCACUGCAAUCACAGAGACUACCAGAAUAUUUCAAGAAAUGGUGCAUCUUCCCAAAACCUGGACAGAUUUAUAGAAAGUUUGUCCAGGGACCCACUGUUGGAUCAUCCAGCCAUCAUUAUAUACGCCAUGAUUGGAAACGAUGUCUGCAAUGGGAAAGCUGACCCAGUCCCAGAAAUGACUACUCCUAAGAAAUUAUACUCCAGUGUCAUGAAGACUCUGAAGUAUCUAAAUUCCCACCUGCCAAAUGGCAGCCAUGUUAUUUUAUAUGGCUUACCAAAUGGAACGUUUCUCUGGGAUAAUUUGCACAACAGAUAUUAUCCUCUCGGUCAGCUGAAUAAGGAUGUGACCUAUGCACAUUUCUACUCUUUCCUGAACUGUCUCCAGGUCAGCCCCUGCCACAGCUGGAUGUCCUCCAACAAGACACUCCGGAAUCUCACUUCAGAGAGAGCAAAACAACUCUCCAAUACACUGAAAAAUAUUGCAACCAGCCAGAAAUUUACGAACUUCGAUCUUUUCUAUGCAGAUUUUGACUUCCAAGAAGUGACAGAGGAGUGGCAGAAGAGAGGCGGGGAGCCCUGGCAGCUCAUUGAACCAGUCGAUGGAUUCCACCCCAAUGAGGUGGCUUUGCUGCUGUUGGCAGAUCGCUUGUGGAAGAAAGUGGAACUUCAUUGGCCCCAGGUUCUGGGAAAGGAGAAUCCAUUCAACCCUCAGAUUGAACAGGUGUUUGGAGAUCAAGGGGGCCACUGAGUGCCUUCAGGAUAUGCAUUCCUGGAAAGCUCAGUGAGGCAAAAACUUGGGUAAAUUCAUUCAACAAAUGGUUAUAGGGCUGCCAUUUAACAGACUCAUUGGUUCCUCCAGCAGCAACUUUGAAAAAUUAUUUUCUCUGAUUUUGGAGUAUAUCUAAAUGACAGCAUGAUUCUGUGUGUUUCAAGGAUCAGUUCCCUCCAAUUGACCUUCCAAGUAACCUUUAAUAAAGUGUUUCGGAUGCCAUUCCAAACAAGAGAGUGUGCCCUUUCACAGCUAAUUGUUCUAAAAAAUGAGAAGUCCAGCAGUGCUCGGCAACUUACCCCGGGUCUUGGUGUGCCAGGACUUGUCCUUGCUCUGUUGCUGCUUCUUCAAGAUGGCCAGCAAGUGGGUACUGCCCCUAGGGAGGCUGUGGCUGGCUGCCAAGGACUCUCACAUCAGAGCACAAGACUAUAAACACAAAAUUAUGUACCAACUUGAAUGUUUAUUUAGAAUGAGAAAAGAAAUCACAACAAAUUACAAAUUUGUUUAAAAUCCAGAUGAUUGAAAAAUGUGACAAUUUUUCUUUCUUUAAAAUGUUUUCUUACUUUCUUUGGCUGCACAAUCUCAUCAUCUUUUCCCAGAACAAUGAUUUGGUGAUAUCAUUGUCUAAAGAAAGGACAGAAAAGUGAAAUGCCUUGCUUUUAACUGAUAAUUUAGAAGAGUUUCUUGCAGCUCCACAAUUCAUUAUUCGUAAAGUCAUGUAAACUUUUAGAAUUGUCACAUUGGGAAGACCUCUAUCCAAUUUCUUUUGAGUAGGAUCUGUUACAGUCACACUCCCUAUUUGUAGUGUUGUUCAAGUAUUGUUAAAGUUUUGCGUCCAUAUAAGCACAGGAAUUCUGGUAAAUUCUAUUGCACACCAUUCUCAUUGGUGUGUCACCUCCCUUGCCCAUAUCUGAUGCAGCCAUGGAUUCAGGGGUCAGUGGGUGUACAUCGAGACCCACAUCACACUGCCAGCAUCUCACCUCACAUGAGCUCAUCUUCCCACAUUCUGCCUUCAAAACUUGCUUGACAGAGCCCAGAGAUGUGGGGCAGGUCUACCCCAGCAGUCCCAGGAAACCGUGAAUAAAUGCAUCAGCAUCUUCCUUUAGUGGUCAGUUUGGGAGGCAUUCAGUGUGCUUCUCAGGGACAGAAUCAUCCCCUUUGUUCAUGGCAAUGAUGCCUUCGAUGGUGCCUCCUCCUGCUUCUAUCACUCAUUGCUCCCUCAUUCCUGCUUUCUUGGAUGCUUCCCAAAUAAACCACCUGCACCUAAAUCUUUGUCUCAAUAAAGACAAAAUUAAAAUGUU